GCGAUUGUACGGCGAGUUUGAAAGCUCUUGUAAAAUCCGCAUUCUCCAGCGCUUAGAGGACUAACAUCCUAAUAAAUCUGUCCCUAAGAGGGCCCGCUCUGUGUCGAUGGCCUCCGCGAAGAAUGAAGGCAAUGCAAGGCAAUACAUCGUUUUGAAGAGGCAAGUUUCGUCCGGAGCGUCGAAGCAGCCAUUUUGACUCUCCUCUGCGACCAUGACAAAACAAAACUAGGAUGCCCUGUUGCUGUGUGCCACAAUGCAGCAACAACACAAAAAAGGGCUGGCGUCUAUUUCGCGUUCCCAGAGAGACGGAAAGACGGAACAAGUGGUGCGCUCAAAUUAAACGUGACCAGUGGCAGCCCACGAGAUCGUCCUACGUUUGCAGCGCCCACUUUGAAGAAUCUGCCUAUGAACAACACAGAGCUGACAACUGGAAAAAGCUACGGCCUGACGCAGUUCCUACUCUGUUCCGCCAAAGGGCUCCAAAUGGCUGCACUAAAGCCAAAGAAGAACUGGUCGAAAGCAGGAUUUCUUCUCCACUAGAAAACACAGAAUAUAUAACUGACAAUUAUCCAGGAUCCACAAUGGCUUCAAAUUAUUCCAUCUGCAUCAAGGAAGAACCUGAUGCCACCAACUCAUCUUCUGAAGAAAGCCACGGAAGCCCUGGUGAACUUCUGACAGAAGGCUCUUCAGCGGAGGGAACAGGUCCAGCAAGUAAUCUUAUCUGUGAAAAACAUGAAGACAUGGGCUCUCCUGAGAACCAUGGGGGCAGUGAGGAAGAUAUGGCAGAAACAACAACAGCUGCAACUGAACCUGUUCACAUCAAGGAGGAACCUGACAGCGCCAGUUUCUCGCAAGCACCAGAAAGCACAGAAGAAUUUAUGGCUGUCUGUUGUCCAGAAAGUGAGGACAGCACUCGAAUAUCUGCACAAGGCUCCCUCCUGGGAAAAAGAAGCGCAAUAUGGACUCUCUUUACGCCAAGUACGGAUGCGAAAGCGAGGUGCAACCUUUGUCACGUCGUCAUCUCUUACAAGAACGGCACCACGGGAAACCUUCGGCGCCACGUCAGAGGAAAGCACGUCGGUGUUGACAUCGACAGCACUUACAUGUUCCAUAAAGGAGCCAUCGCAAGUGUGGAUUUCGACGAGCCCCAAUCACUCCCACCACAGAAUGAGCAACUGGUGCAACUCCAGCUUCCUGAUGCGGCUCCAGGAGCUGCUGAUGAUCCUGUUGGAGCUUCUGGAAGCACAAUCGCCAAUCCUCUGGCAUCCCACGACCACCCGACGACAUCGACAUCGGCCCAACCGUGUCGAACGGGCCAGAGCCAAAUAACCUCAUACAUGGGCAGACCACUGACACUGGCAAAAGUCAUACGCCAGAACAAGCAGCUAUUGAGGAUGGUAGCGAAAGACUAUCACCCGCUGUCCUUUCUAGAGGAUAAGGAGUUCAAGCAGUUUGUGUCCAUGCUCAAUCCCUCCUACCAGCUGCCCAGUAGGAAGACUCUGUCGACUGUGUACAUGCCUCAGAUGUAUGCGAAGAUAUCUCAGCAAGUCAGAAGUGAACUUCAGGGCUGCUCUUCCGUCUGCCUAACAACCGAAACUUGGACGUCGCCAUCGUCGAAUGAGAGCUACGUUGGCGUGACGGCUCACUUCAUCGAUGAGAACCACGUGCUGACAUCACGUCUGCUUGACUGUUUCGUGUGGCAGGAUCCCCACAGAGCCGAUAACAUCUCCGCAGAGCUCAGUCGUAUCGUGGCCAAGUGGGGGCUCGAAGACAAGAUCUGUGCUGUCGUGAGCGACGAUGCUGAAGAUAUCAAGGCCUCAGUCGGCUCGCUUGGGUGGAGGCACAUCCCGUGCUUCGCUCACGUGCUCAACCUUGCGGUUCAGGCGGGAAUGCGCGAGCUAAGUGACGUACGCAGUAAAGUAAAGGCCAUCGUCACAUCUUUCAAGCACAGCUCACAGGGGACGGCGAAGCUGCAGGCGAUACAGCAGCAGAUGGGUCUGGAUCCCGUGAAACUUAAGCAGGACGUAGCCACCAGGUGGCACUCCACGUACGAGAUGUUUUCUAGAAUGGUAUAUUUAAAGGAUGCGGUCCCGUCCGCAGUUGCGGUUCUGAAAGCGGAUCUGCAGCCCUUGACACCCCUGGAAUGGACCGUCUUAGAAAACGCCUGUAAAAUAUUAAAGCCCUUCAAGGAGGUCACGGAGGAGAUGGGCAGCGAAAAGCACGUUACUCUGUCGAAAGUUAUCUUGUUGUCGAACGCGCUGAUGCAGCACGUUGAAUGUACCGAAAACGAAGACCUCCCCGAGGCGUGCAGACUGAUGGCAGGUGCGAUGAUGAGCCAGCUCAAGCGAAGAUACGUUGACGUCGAAGACAAUGACAUCCUUGCCGAAUCUACGGUGUUGGACCCUCGAUUUAAGCAGUACGGGUUUACGAAGCACGCUUCCUACGAUGCAGCGUACCGCUCCCUGUGCCAGCACGUCACCAAGGUGCACGUGCCGCAGUGCCCCGACUCCGAGCAGCAAGAACCGGCGCCGGAGGAACCAACGCCAGGGUCGUCGCUCUGGGAGACCUUUGAGCUCCGGGUCUCCCACCUGAGGAAUCAAAGCCCAACAGCAGCGGGAAUGGUGGAGCUGGAGAGGUACCUGAAGGAGCCGCUGCUCCCCAGGACACAGGACCCCCUGAGUUGGUGGAGGGAUCGAAAGCAACUCUAUCCACGCGUACACGAAACAAUGAAGAGUAGGAUGUGCAUACCUGCCACAUCUGUGCCGUGCGAACGUAUGUUCUCCAAAGCCGGCCAGGUGGCCACCGAAGCACGGAACAGACUGUCGGGGAAGAAUGUGCGAACCCUGAUGUUUCUGAACGCAAACAUGUGAUCGCGACACAGUUUUCAGUUGCAAAAGUUGACGCCGUUUUCGCACGUUUUUAAAGGAACCGUAAAGUGAAUGGCAAACCUGUAUAAACUCUGUGGUUUUCUGAAAGCUUGUAACUUGGACUCUUCGGAUACGUAAGCGCUAGAGCCUGAAGUUUUGGGGGUUUAACCCAAUGCUUCCCCAAAUUUGCACCCCGAAUUGAAGGUGGCCUCUUUAGGGUGAAACCGAAUUUUUACCCAGCAAAUUGCCCUCACUGAAACGUCUGUAGCAAUGCACACUAGCCUGUUUGGCAGCGAACACAUUUGUAUCACCGUACAGUUCGUUAAAGUAAUAGGGCCCGGAUUCUUCCCAAACUUAGCAGAUUAGAUUUUUUCACCCAAAUUCACGUAAUUUAGAACACAAGCUCGUUUCACUGAUCUUUACCCCUGAAUUUUGAAAAAAAAAAAAAAGGUUUCCAAAUACUUCAGUCUGUCAUAAUACCUCUGCUGUGGACAGUGCAUUUUUUUAAGCAAUCAAAUUUUAAGUUUGCGCAACGCUAGCGAGCUCUGAGACGCACGACCCCUGAGCAUGACUCGAGGGCCAUCUAAUGAAAAUGCAAGCAAAUGGGUGCUCAUUUCAUCACCAAAGGUGUGCGUUUGUAUACCCUGGAACGCAAUAAUGUAAAUCAGACAUCCGUAUAAAUUGCCUGGAUGCAAGGUCUACUGCGAGCAGACGACAGAGAGACACAGUUUGUGAGGAAGACCAACAGAUGGCGCAGAUCAUAAAGAUAUUUCUCACAGGCACAGAGCUCACAGGUUACAACCGUUAGUUAACAUCUGAACAUCUCAAGAGUUGCUGUCCUUCAAAACAGGUCUAAUAAUUAGUAACCAAUGCGUUAUGUAGUGCCUCAAUAUCAUGUGAUAUCUGUCCACCAAUCCGGGGCUGGUUCGCACUUUCUCUUCGCUGAACAUCAUGAGUCACCACCUUUCAGUUUCUAGAAGUGUUCAAAAUUAAUUUAGUUCAAAAAGUAUGAAGAAAUGAAAGGUGGCGCCCCGUAUGUGUGAUCACACAACGAAGUUCCAUGUGAUGGUGUCCUGAAACAUUGUGGGGAUAUUUCACUUUACAGUUCCUUUAAAUUGUGUUUUUGAUGUAAAUUUCUAGGAUCGGAAAAGCUUAUUGGAUUGAUCCAUACAAUACAGAGCGUUCAGUGCUUCAGUCAUAAAUUUGCUGUUCUAUUUUCCCCUUCGCCUAUUUAAUAUUGUUAAUUUUUCAGCAAACAUUUCAAUUUCUGACUUUUCCCAUCACAUCAGUGUCUCCUUGUGUGCGUAUUUCAUAGCAUUACGUGUAUCAUUAUUGCCAUUCUCGUUGCAGUGAACAUUUUGUUAUCACUUCUCAGUUUAUUUUGCCACAUCAGUAUUGCAUUUUUCUGCAUUUAAUAUAUUGUAUUGUACAUGUAUUUCAUGUAUGUGUCCAUCAUCACAUCAUUAUAUCUGUAUUGUCACAGUUCAGAAAUCUACAUUUCAAUGAUUAUGGCGCGAUAAAUUAUAGUGUAUCUAUUUGUCCGAGUAAAAUCGACUACAGGAUUAUAGUCUGUGGCUUUCAUG